AUGGUGGAUUACUCUCGCUUCGACGCCAUCGAGCUCUCGAGCGAGGACGAGGCGGAGACUCGCGGGCGCAGGGGCGCGCCGACGGUGACGAAACUCAAAGGCGCACACAGGAUCACCUUUGGCGGCGGUGGUGACGCGACGGCGACGCCGAUCGAGGACGACGACGUCGAGGGAGACGUGGACGAUGCCGCGGGACGCCGUGGGCCGGCGGUGGGCGCGAGCGCGAGGGAUGAUCCGGGACACCGCGCGGGCGCGAGCGACGCGCGAGCGGACGAAGGACGCUCGACGAAACCGACGAGCGAUGCGCCGCCGACCGCGAGGGAUUGGUCGAGCGUCGUCGCGAAGCUCAUUCGAAACGGUGCUCGGGUGGAGGGCGGGAGCGACGGCGUCGGGGAGUACUUUUGGUGUCAGGACGCGCGAGAGGCGACGGUGAGCGUCGUCGUCAGACCGGGCGUCCGAGCGAGAGACGUUCGCGUUCGGUGCACGUCCACCGACGUCGAGAUCGGCGUCGUCGGUGGAAGUGAUCGAUCGUCAUCGUCUUCGACGAGCGAUGUGGUGUUCUCGGAGAAGUGGGCGCACGAGAUUGACCCCGAGCCGCGAGACGCGAACGACUCGGACGACGUGAGCGAACCGCCGCAGUUCGGCGAUUGGGAGAUCACCGAUUUCGAGGGAACCGGGCCGAACGCGCGACGAAUCGUUCGAGUGACGGUGCGCAAGAAGGGUUCGGACAUGCUCACGCACUGGUGGCGCGCGUGCGUGCGCGGAGGGCCGGAGGUGGAUCCGGCGACGUUCGCCGACAGGAGCGCCGGCAAGGCGAACGAGGCAAAACGCGCGUGGGAAGAGGCGCAGAGAAUGUUUCGAGAGCGCGUGAAAAAUCGAAAACAUGUCGAGGUCGACGUCCCCGGGUCAGACGACGAGUGA